AUGAAUUCCGCCAUAACACCUCCACCAGCGCUUUCUCUAACGCAAAUGACGCCCGAGAAAAAGUAUUGCCCCAGGCAUCCCAUUGGGGCGCAGUCCGAAUCUGCCCUCUUCAGCUUCCUGGAAGUGUACCCACUUUUGGUUUCGGUAGUAGGACAGCUAGAGCAGGCCGAGCUUCUUAACUUGAUUCUUACUUGUAAGACUGUCUCUGCUCUUGUAGCCUGCAAUAAAGCUGCGCUCAAGAACAUGCAAAAGCAAGCUAUCCAGACCUCGACAGAGAGAUGCAAGUUCUGCCAUGGUCUAUUACUAUGCUGCGUUAGCUGCCGUCUUGAGUUCCAUCAAGGGUCCGUAACCCACGUCGAGCAAGUUCACGAGACAGCCAAAAGAACAAUCCGCAUCUGUCUGAAAUGCAACCCAAAACUCCCAGAAACCACUACUAGCGACUGUUGCAAAUGUGACAAGAGCACAAAGUGCAGAUUCAUCUGUAAAGAUUGUACCAAAAAAGAACGAAAGCAGCGCACUAAUGCCAAAGAGCCAUAUCUGAUACAUAUUACGAGCGACGAAAAUAAGCCACGCUCGAGGUUUAGAUGCGGCGUUUGCUCGAAGUUCCUCCCAGCAAAAGGGAAGGAUGACGGACUUACCGAGGUCUGCAGAUGGUGUGGGAAGGUUGCAAAUUAUUGCCCGAAAAAUCUCUGUCCUUGA